UCUCAAAAAAAAAAAAAAAAAAAAAAUUUUUCCAUUCCCUGUACAUGCUGUUUCUUGCCCUGGAGAGACAGUGCCAGGGUGCGGGAGUGACCAAUUCAGACCCCACUUGCCACUCACAGAGCUGCUGAACUUUGUGAAAGGACACAUCCUAUAAAACGAGGGAGGAGUCUGGCGCGGUGACACAUGCCAGGAGGCUGAAGUGAGAGUCACCGUGAGUUUAAGAGGCCAGCCUGAACUACAGAGCAAGACCCUGUCUCAAAAAGCCAAAACAAAACGGGAAGGGGUGAGCUGACUCGUCUUGAACUCUGGUGUGGAGCAUCUGAACAUGGAUGAGCCCGGAGUGAGCUGCUAAAAGUGGUAACUGCUCCGGAAGAGAGCUUCGAGGACUCAGGUCCUCGAGUCGAGAUCUUUCGCAGCAGGUGCGUGUGUUGGGCGAUAGCGCCCUCUGCUGGCCUUUAUAUGGCAGUGUUCCCACCUAUGGGGUGUGGCAAUACCCUGCCUCAAAGCCUUCACAUAUCCAAUCUCAUGAGAAUAUAAAUAAGGACGUUCUGGCUCUGUCCUUAGCCGGUGUCUGGGCUAUUGUAGCCACUUUCUCAGCUCUCUCCAGUCCCUUACAUUGAUCCCCUGGCUCAAUCCCUGUAGGACAAAGGAGCUCAAGCCGUUUAAUAAGGCUUAUGAGUCCCUGCAUGGCCCCAACCUGGUGACCUAAAAGGCUUUCACCUCUCUACUCCCUAUUUCAGAUUCAGAUCAGUAGUUCUUUCAUUUGAGGAUCAUAAGUCCUUUUGGGGACUUAAAAAUGCAGGAACACCUGACGAGUUAGAACCCGUUUUACUCCCUGAGUGUACUGAAGUGCUUGCCACAAUCAGAACUAUCUGUGCCAGCCUUCUGAAGGAACUGCUCAUCGAGUCUCAGCCUGGGCUUCCCUUCCAGAAAGACACCUGCUCUAACCCAGGCUGGAGCAGGCACAGCCCUCAGCCCCUAGGUCCGUCAGAGACCUGGCCAUUCAUUUGUCACUGGUGACGUGUCUGUCUGCAAAUCAAGAACACAGUUCUUCCUCCAAAUGUGCACAUUACUCAACUAGUAUGCUUUGGUUGCCUGUUCUUUUCAGCUGUCCUGGACAGUGCUGGGGGUGCAGCAUGGCCAAGGUAGUCGUGUCUCUGGUUUUCACAGUUUGUGGGAACACAAAGUGGCUGCAUGGAGCCCAGAACUAGGCACUGGGGGGAGCUGAGCCAGAUACCACCAGUUCCAUCUGAACCCCAGGAACAAGUGAAAGCAGCGGAAAGCACAGCAGGGGCCCUGGACAGUGACGAUCCCACAACUGAGAGCGCAGCAGUCAGUGCCAUGCUGCAUGCUGUGGCGGCCAGCCGCCUGCCUGUGUGCAGCCAGCAGCAAGGCGAGCCUGACCUGACGGAGCAAGAGAAGGUGGCCAUCCUGAGCCAGCUGUACCACGAGAAGCCGCUGGUGUUCCUGGAGCGCUUCCGCACAGGCCUCCGCGAGGAGCACCUGGCCUGCUUUGGCCACCUACGUGGUGACCAUCGUGCCGACUUCUACUGUGCUGAGGUGGCUCGGCAGGGCGCUGCCCGGCCACGCGCCCUACGCACCCGCCUACGAAAUCGGCGCUAUGCUGCCCUGCGUGAGCUCAUCCAAGGGGGUGAAUACUUCAGCGAUGAGCAGAUGCGGUUCCGGGCCCCCCUGCUGUAUGAGCAGUAUAUCGGGCAGUACCUCACCCAGGAGGAGCUGAGCACCCGCACACCGGUCCCUCAGCCCCCUAGACCUGGAUCCCCCAGCAAACCCACCUGCCCGCUCUCCGACCUGCUGCUCCAGUCCUACGAAGAGCGGGAGCUACAGCAGCGGCUGCUCCAGCAGCAGGAGGAGGAAGAGGCCUGCUUGGAGGAGGAGGAAGAGGAGGAGGACAGUGACGAGGAAGACCAGAGGUCAGGCAAAGACUCAGAGGUCUGGGUGCCUGACUCAGAGGAGAGGCUGAUCCUUCGGGAGGAGUUCACCAGCCGGAUGCACCAGCGCUUCCUAGACGGCAAGGAUGGGGACUUUGACUACAGCACAGUGGACGACAAUCCCGACUUCGACAACCUGGACAUCGUGGCACGGGAUGAAGAAGAGAGGUACUUCGACGAAGAGGAACCGGAGGACGCACCCAGCCCAGAGCUGGAUGGGGACUGAUGGCUGCCGCCCCUGUAGCCAGCCACCCCGACCCCACCCCAACAAGCAGCUGAUUACAGGCCGGCUCAGUGACUCUUCUCUGCGGGGUAGCAGGGCACCGCACACGCACACAUGCACCCAGGUCCCACUAGCCUCCCUGGGUCUGGUCUCUCGGACAACACCACCUGUUCACAAGGCCUCCUCCCCUUCCUUCGCUUUCCCUCAUUCUCUCUGUCACCUGCUUGUUUUUUUCAUUCUCCCUCUGUCCCUCUCCUGCUGCCUCCCCUUCGUCCCCACAGCAGGUCCAGUCCAGGAUGAAAAUCCCCUUGACCAAGGCCAGCCGGCGGGUCUGUGACAGCGGAACUGGGCAGUUGAUUUCAGGGUGGCCGCAGCUGGGACCCAGCACAGCUCUCCCCUUGCUCCAGGCUACCUCGGUCUUUCUCCACCUCUGCCUGUGUCUGUGCCCCUGCCCGGCGUGCCGCACCAGCCUCCUGUGCUGUGUUCCCCUCUCACCUCUGCCCCACUCUCUCUGCCUGUACAUUUCCAUUCCUCUCCAGCUGUCUCUGUCCCCCUCUGCCUCAGCUUUAUCUCUGUGUUCCAGUCUCCCUCCCCAGGCUCGGCUGCUGUGGGCAGCAGAUCCCUGACCGCUGAAUAACGCAGCCUCACUGCAAGCAGGGUACCCAGGAGGGCUGGGUGGAAGCAUGACUGGGGCUCACGGGGCCUGCCAGCUUGGGUGUGGGGAAGGGCAGAGAAGGCGGGCUCUCCUCCACCAGCCCCCCUGCCCAGACAGUUUUCCCUUCUUCACAUCCUCUGCCUGCUUCCCUCUCCCUCUCCUGUUUACACUCCCCAAAUGUGCGCAGGCUGUUAUCAUGGGUCCUGACUCAUCCCACACACAGGCUGCCCCGGCAUCCCUGCCCCAGCCAGCCGCAGGGCCCGCCCCACUGAGCCCCCUGCCGCCCCAGGCUAAUGGGAGCCAGAUGGCUGCCUGUGACUCAGCCACGGCCUGUGGGAACCCAGGCGUCCCACCUUCCCAUGCCCCGUGCCCGGGCCCUGCUCCCCCAGCAGACACAGAGAAGAGACUGGCUGCUGUGGGGAGGGGAGGGCAGGGCAGGGGUUGGAAAGCCUGAGCCCUGAACCCCUCAGUCCUAUGAGACAGACAGCGGCAUCGUGCCCUGUCCAUGUCCAAAGGACAUUCGAAAGCACCGCCUGAACCCAGGCCUGGACUCUGCCCCUCAGUCAACUGGAAUGAAAACCAGACAGGCAAGUGAAAGCUGGAAGGAGACAGAGGGAUGUGCAGCUGGAGGGAUUAUUACCUAGUGAAAGCUUCAGCUGCAGAGCAGUUCCAUCCUGUGCGAGGCCUGAGAGACGCCUGACACCACGAGGCAGCCUCUAAACAGCUCUUGAACUGGAGGCCGUCAACUCUGUUUCACAGUGCCGCAGGAGGCCCUGACAGAGAUGUGCUUCCCAAGGCCCCUUGGCCUCAGAGGCCGAGCUGGGAUGGGAGCCAAGUGCUAGAAACCUCUCUGUGAGCCAGAGUGUCAGAUGUGAGGCCACCCUGAGCUGGACAAAGGUGGAGGGACACAGACGGUAGGAUCUAAGAGGAGGCGGGUGUUUAGGAGGAUGCUAGCAUACUGCCAGACCCUGCCCUGCCUGGUGAGACCACGCCAUCUCCUGUAAGUCGGUGCUCAGUUGCUGAGUCUGAAUUGCCGCCGCUCUAUCCUGGGAAGGGGUGCACUCAGUACUACUGACUCCAUGUUCCAAAGCAGGCCACAGCCAUGAGGCUGAAGACAGUCCAGGCAGGAUCUCCAGGACUGAGGACAUUGGCCUCAGGUACUCAUGCUUGUGUCCUGUCAGUUACUGGUGAUGUGCACUUUUGACCGGUCUUUGAGUCAGUCAUUAAAUUUGUUUAUGAUA